UUGGUCAUGAAUAUGUGAACGGUUUUCUUAUGAAAGGACGGUUGUGUAAGCCGUCACGUUGACGGACAUGCGCGAUAGUAGCCGAUACGGUUUCAAUUAAGUGUUAUAAAACGGCGUUAUAAAACAAUACGCUUUAUUUAUUAGAGAGAGUGAAGGCGGGCCAGUCAAUGUGAAGGUACUUCAAAGACGCUGUGAGGUGAAACACGAAGCAACUCAUCAUUUUCUAAACGAAAGAGGACUUAAGAUGUUAUCCCAGAUACUGUCCCUUGCCUGCCUGGCCGCCAUUGCUAAGCAGACGACAGCUCAGGGGAUGUUCCGACGUACGUCCGACGAGUGGGGAUUGUCCGGCAUCCCCACCACCCAGCUGAACUACGGCGUCGCUGUGACAGACGUCGACCUCGACAAGAAGUUUGAUUUUGUCAUUGCUGGGUUUGGCGGUCCAAAUAUUGUUCUGAAAUACGACAGAUCGCUGGGACGUCUUGUCAACAUCGCACAGGAAGACACGCCGUACGCCGCCCUGAGAGAUAAAGAUGGUGCUGCCAUUGGCGUGGCUGCCUGCGAUAUCGAUGGAGACGGUAAGGAAGAGAUUUACUUCCUGAACACAAACGGGGCGUACGGCGGUCAGAGCACGUACAAGGACAAACUGUUCAAGUUCAGGAACGGCAUGUACGUGGACCUGUUCUCUGAUCCAGUCAACAGUGCCCUAGGAGCAGUUAAUUUUGCCGGAAGAUCUGUCGCCUGUGUAGACCGCUAUGGGACCGGGAAAUAUGCUUUCGUCUUGGCGGCAUACUCGAAUGGUAACAUGGGCGAAUUUGCCAUGAUUGAGAUGGACGAGCAACACCCGCAAAACGACAAGACCACGGGUAUGAUUGUACUAAGGAACGUUGCCAAGGAAGCAGGAAUCGACAAGCAAACAGGUGGGCGUGGUGUUACCGUGGGACCCAUAGUGACUGACAGGUCAGAUAUGUUCUUUGUGAACGAGGGCGGUAACUUUGGCAACAAGGGAGAUAACUUCCUCUUCAGAAACAUGGGCAAUGGCAUGUUUAUGGACGUCGCCCCCAUGGUCGGUGUGACUGACAGCGACACAAACGGAAGGGGCGUGGCUCUCUCGGACUUCAACCACGACGGUAUGCUGGACAUCGUGUACGGCAACUGGAACGGCCCGCACAGGCUUUUUAUGCAGAGUAACGCCACCGGGAUGCCCUCGUUUAUGAAUGUUGCCAAGGGAACGUUUGAAGACCCCACCGCCAUUCGAACCAUGAUUGCAGCAGACUUUGACAACGACGGGGAUGUGGAGGUUCUUCAGAACAAUAUUUAUUACAAUGGACCACAACCAAAUAAACUGUUCCGCGUCUCCCCCACGGGCGCCGGUAUGAACAUAGCCCAGCUGGAUAUUGGGGACGCCCUGGAGUACUACGGCUUUGGCACAGGUGGCGCUGUGACCGACCUGGAUGGCGACGGCCAACUGGAACUGCUUCUGUCCCACGGGGAGUCAAGCAGGCAGCCUCUGGAGAUUUAUAAUGUCACCAUGGGCAGUGACCGUAACUGGAUGAGGGUACACGCUUACACCAGGUACGGCGCUCCCGCACGCGGUGCCAAAAUAACAGUUGUCGUGGAAGAUGGCACCACGAGAACGCGUAUCCUGGACGCUGGAUCCGGGUACCUUUGCCAGAUGGAGCCCGUGGCCCACAUUGGUCUCGGGAUGAAGAAAGGGGUGCAGUGCCGCAUCCAGUGGCCUGAUGGGAAGGUACUGGUGCUGCCCCUAGGGGAUAAAGAUCAGAUGGCACCGCAUUAUGUCCCAUAUCCCGUCGAGGAGGGAGAGGAAGGGAUACCGGAACCAGAGCCAGGGAUGGGCUCCAUGCCAGAACCGUCUCCUGAGCCGGGCUAUAUGGGAGGGGACGGCAACAGUAUGGGAGACGGUUAUUCCACACCAGAACCAGGCUACAUGGGAGGCAAUUUGGGAAGUGGAUCAAGCAAUAUGGGAAGUGGCUAUUCUACACCAGAACCAGGCUACAUGGGAGGCAAUAUGGGAAGUGGAUAUUCUACACCAGAACCAGGCUAUAUGGGAGGCAAUAUGGGAAGUGGAUCCAGCAAUGUGGGAAGUGGAUCAAGUAAUAUGGGAAGUGGAUAUUCUACACCAGAACCAGGCUAUAUGGGAGGCAAUAUGGGAAGUGGAUAUUCUACACCUGAACCAGGCUAUACGGGAGGCAAUAUGGGAAGUGGAUCAAACAAUAUGGGAAGCGGAUAUGCCACACCAGAACCGGGCUAUACGGGGGGCAAUAUGGGAAGUGGAUCGAGCAAUGUGGGAAGUGGAUCAAACAAUAUGGGGAGUGGAUAUUCUACACCAGAACCAGACUAUAUGGGAGGUAAUAUGGGAAGUGGAUCCAGCAAUGUGGGAAGUGGAUCGAGCAAUGUGGGAAGUGGUUCCGGCCUGUACGUGGGCGACAAAGAGGGGAUGAAGAAUGAAGGAGACGUUCAGACAAAUAAUGGGAAUUAUAACACACAACAAGGGGCCGGCAUGUACACUAUUGGCACAGGUUAUAUGCUGAACCCGGCGAUGUCCGCAGGUAUGUACAAUAGAUGGUACAGUGGCCGCUGCAGCUUCUAUCGCACCGCGUGGAGCACCUGCUCGGUCACGUGCGGUACAGGGAAGUCCUGGCGUUCCUCCAACUACAACUUUGGCUGUGUGAUGCAGAGGGAGAGCCGCACGUGUGUCAUGCCAGCGUGUCCUGUACCCCAGACCUAUUAUUACGGCGCAUGCGGCACCUCCAUGUUUGGCUACCAGACGAUAGCUCUGGACGGUUGCCCUAACGUCCGCUACGUGGGUAUGAGAACGUGCAACCAGUGUGCUAACACCAUGUGCUGCGUCCCCGUCAGUCGCCUGGCCCCGCUCAGGUAUAUGUGUGACGACGGUACCCUGAAGACCAAGAUGGUGUCCCUGAGGCAGUACUGUCAGUGUUGGUGCUAAUUUUAGCUGUGAUCCGCAGGGUUUAUGAUAUGAGUGGACUUGAAUAUAGUGAUUUAACUUAUCAGUGGGCAAUCAAACUGCUGAAUAUUUGAAAGUGGAGGGAUUUCAGAUUGAAAAGGAGACGUAUGCACGCAAGACUAUUAACUU